GGGGCCGUUGCCUAGGAUACCUAACGCCGGCCAGGAGGACCGGGUUCCUCGGGAUUCGUUGCCCCUAAAUUCCCGCUAAGUCUAUCCGGGAAGAACUUGGGGUCCUGUGGGGAGCAGGACGCGUAGGGGCAGCGGGGCAGACAGCACUUGGGCCUGGUGCACAGGGUUCCUGUUGUGUGUUGUCUGAAGCCUGACCUCUGAAGAGCUACGGCAGACAGGAGUUCCAGUAGAUUCCUGAAGGUCUCUUUACCCCCGGAUCAGGCUGCGUGUCUGGCAGAAAGAACGGUUGAUAGCCCCGGAGUGCCAAGUUCAAGAUGGGGUCCCAGGUCUCGGUGAACACAGGAGCUGUGCACGUGGUGAUCGUAGGCGGGGGCUUCGGAGGGAUAGCGGCUGCCAGCCAGCUGCAGGCGCUGAAUGUCCCCUUCAUGCUGGUGGACAUGAAGGACUCCUUCCACCACAACGUGGCAGCCCUCCGGGCCUCUGUAGAGAGUGGGUUCGCCAAAAAGACAUUCAUUUCUUACUCGGUGACCUUCAAGGACAACUUCCGCCAGGGCAAAGUGAUUGACAUAGACUUGAAGAAUCGGAUGGUGCUGCUACAGGGUGGCGAGGCCUUGCCCUUCUCACAUCUUAUCCUGGCCACAGGCAGCACUGGGCCCUUCCCUGGCAAGUUUAACGAGGUGUCCUGCCAGCAGGCAGCCAUCCAGGCCUAUGAGGACAUGGUGAAGCAGAUCCAGCGCUCCCAGUUCAUCGUGGUGGUGGGAGGUGGCUCUGCCGGAGUAGAGAUGGCAGCAGAGAUUAAAACCGAGUAUCCUGAGAAGGAGGUUACUCUUAUCCACUCCAAAGUACCCCUGGCCGACAAGGAGCUCCUGCCCUGUGUGCGGCAGGAAGUGAAGGAGAUCCUCCUCCGGAAGGGUGUGCAGCUGCUGCUGAGUGAGCGGGUGAGCAACCUGGAGGAACUGCCUCGCAAUGAGUAUCGGGAGUACAUCAAGGUGGAGACGGACAAGGGCACGGAGGUGGCCACCAACCUGGUGAUUGUGUGCAAUGGCAUCAAGAUCAACAGCUCUGCCUACCGCAGUGCCUUCGCAGAGAGUAGGCUGGCCAGCAACGGUGCUCUGAAAGUGAACGAGUUCCUCCAGGUGGAAGGUUACAGGCAUAUCUAUGCCAUUGGUGACUGUGCCGAUAUCAAGGAGCCCAAGAUGGCCUAUCAUGCUGGCCUGCAUGCCAACAUCGCCGUGGCCAACAUUGUCAACUCCAUGAAGCAGAGACCCCUCAAAGCCUACAAGCCAGGUGCGCUGACAUUCCUCCUGUCCAUGGGCAGAAACGAUGGCGUGGGCCAGAUCAGUGGCUUCUACGUAGGCCGCCUCAUGGUGCGGCUGGCCAAGAGCAGGGACCUCUUCAUCUCCACAAGCUGGAAAACCAUGCGGCAGUCUCCACCGUGACAGGGGGGCUGCGUGGGAGUCGAGGUACCGCUCGGAGGGGUGACAGACCGCUUGACGAAGGACACCCUUCUGACAGGUGCCAAGGGCGGAGCUCUUUGUCUGGAUCAUGGUGUCUGUCAGUCGUGUGCUGGCUGGAAAUACAGUUUGGGUAAAGCCGGAAAUGAGAGACAGAGAGUAAAAGGGGGAGGCAUUAAAAAAAAAAAAAAAAAGAAAAAUUAGCCUAGAAGAUUCGUUCCGGGGUCGGAAGGUCUGCCUGCAGCUGUGCUAGCGGGAGGGUUUCAGGGAGGCAGAGGGGGCUUCGCUCUCCUGUUAGGCUUAUGUCUGUGUGUGCACAUGAAGGCGUUAGGCUUUGAGAGAACUGUGCCGAGCUCUUGUUGGGCAGAGCUGGACUCCUCUAGCCGGCUCCUCAUAGUAUAGUAUAGUAAAGAGACCCCGCAGCACAAAACCAAGGAGGGGUACUGGGGUAGGGAAGCUUGUCUAUCUCACAGGUUAUUAACUGGGGCCUCAUUUCUCUCACCCUAAGUAUGGUUAGUACCUGCACUCUGCCUUCUCCUCUUUCCUUCCCUCCUAACAACACUCACACAGCCUGUACAGAAUCUCUCUCUGCCCCCACAGUGUCUACCUACAUUAUUCAGAUCCCCUCAAACUGCUUCAAACUGCCUCAGUCUCUUCUGGUACCUCGGGACCCGUCCUUAACCUUCAUGAGCCUUUAUUUCCAUAUUCGGCUUGAACAGGAUGUCAUAGGUACAUUUACGAAGAGUUAGACAAAAUUCCUCUCUUGGCUCACCCCUCCGUGGCUGAAAUCUCUUUGGGAAGGGUGGGGGAAGAGAGAAGCCACAUCCGCCCCUUCUCCUUACAUACUAUCAGUUUCUCCCAAGACAGGCCCAAACUGGAAAGCUUUAACCAGCAGGGAUGGCAGCCUCGUAGAUCUGAAGCAGUACAGAUGGACUGCGUCUCUCCCUAGCCUACCCUAGACUAUACACCCAAGCCCCUCCUUGAGGCCAGAUACAGGUGAUGGGGAUCUGGAUCCACAGAUGAGAGUCCCCCGAUCCUCCCCGACACCCCACCCUCAGAUAAAAACAGUCAAACAAGGCCAGCUGGGACGAUCCUUUGAAAAGGGGGAGCAGCUGAACUCCCCCAGGCAGGUGGUUGCUUGCCUCUGAGGACAGCCACUCAAACACCAUCCUCACAGGGUGAGGUUUCUAUCUGGAGGGGCUGAGACUGAAGCCUGGCUGGCUGCAGGUAUCUCAGGAUGGAGACCUGUGACUGGGGGACGGUACUGGUUGCUUGAUCUCCAGAGACCAGAGGGGCACCUCUGGCUACUUCCUAGUGAUUUCCAGGUUACCAACAGUCUGCCGUUAGGGGGUGGGGAGCUACGCUGCUCAUUUCCUGGCCAGCAUCUGUCACUUGGGCCCUCAGCGGGGCCUCACCAUGUCUGCUAUAGAUUGCUAAGGUGCAUGAAGUAUAUGAAAGACUUCUCUAUCCGAGCAGGGAAUAGCUACCUGUGCGUGGCCUAGAUUGAAUGUCUAUAGCAGAAGAGGCCGGCAGUCCGCUCUGGUAGAUUCGGGCAUGACUCUCCCCAUCCUGCCUCUCCCUGCUUGCUUCUGGCCUUGGCCUCCGGUUAUGGGUGGCAAGAGGACCUUGAGAUACGAGCCUCUCUGGUGCUUCCUGCCCAUCCCCAUUUGGACUGUGACCAAGGUCCGUUCCAGACUGGAGCUGAGCCUCGACUCUCUCUCCCAGAGACUGACCACCCACCGGCAGGCAGCUUUGCCCCUAGCUCUGCUGCUGUGGAUGCCAGCCAGCAAGCUCACCCUCUCUGGGGGCAGGAUCAGCUACCUGCAGGAAGCCGGCCAUGCGGGAGCUUUACAGAGCAUGGCGCGGGGACUCUUCAGGGGCAGGCCUUGUGUUAUUUCUUUGCAACACUCUGGAUGAAUCCAUCUGUGGGGGAACGCAGUUUUCCAGGAGGAGGAAAAUAUCGCAAUAAAGGGCUAUGUUAUAAGAAA